AUGGGUCGACCGCCUGUCGUCAAGAAGCUUCCGUAUGGGCACAGCGCUAUCAUUCUCCGCCUCGAUAUUGCCCCGGAAGAUGGCACGCAACACAAUUCUCCGUCAAAGAAGGACGCAUCAAGCAGUCUGGAGAAGGUUGAGAGGUCGGCGGGCAUCAGUGGGCUUGCAACUAUUCCUCCCGCCAUAUUGGCCAUCUCACCGCUGUCGCUUGCGUCUAAAAAGAAUCAAGAAUUGGUCAAAGCACUAACCGAUCGUCAAAUAUUCUACGCUUUCCAUCGGAACUUCAUGAUAGGCCCCAGCUUCUCAGACCAGUUCAGAUUGUCACUCCAAGCAAUCCUCUCCUGCUCUUCCGGCAGCCUCUUGAAAGCCUACCGAGCCGUGCUGGCCGUGUGGGACAACGAGGGCCACCGGGUCAGACCGCUCGAAGAAAUAGACUUGUCCGAGGGCAGGGACUGUCUGAUGAGUCUGGGCCAAGUCAGCGGCACCUCGAAUCUCAUCGAUAAUGCCGCGAUUUUGAUGCUGGGUCAAGUACUCAUUGUGUACCAUCUCUUCACAACGUGUACUUCAGCCUGGACAAUCAACCGACACGCAAUCCUAUCGGCAGCGCGUUCGUACGGCGACCUUUUAGCGCAACCCAUAUUCGACCCUAUCUCCAUCACGCCGAUUCUCUUCGAUACCGCCGAGUCCCUCGUGCGACGGGAAAACCCGGUCAUUCGACUACCGCAAACCGACCGGUUCAUCGUGGACAGGUCCGUGGGCCUCUGCUGGUCGCUCCUUGGCUUGUUGCAAGAACUAUGCGAAGUCAGCGAGAGGAUGAAGCGAUGUCCCUCAAAGGCGUGCCGAGAUACCGCAAGAAGGGCAACGGGGGAAGAAGAUGACGAUUUGAGUUGUAUAGAGAAGAAAAUCCGAACUUGGGAGCCAUCCGCCCCGUCAACAAUGUUCGACGACUUUACGGGGAUCGAGGUCGCCGCUAUGCUCACUCAAGCCCGCGUGUAUCGCAUCACGGCUCUGCUUCUAAUACACAGACUACGCUACCCGCUCGGCGUAGAAGACGAGGCAGCACGAUGGCACGCAAACAUGAUUUGCGCCGAUUUGACGGGAUUUGUGUCGCUGGCGCCGGAAGAAAUCAGAGGUCUUCCUGUUGGUCUGCCACUUUUGGUGGCCAUGCUCGAGACGAGAGAGAGAGCUCGUGAGAUAAUAAGUGGCCUGGCUUUGUUUGCUGCUCAUCCUCAACAUUUGACGGAGCUUGAGAAAUUUGUCGAUCUUGCUUGGGUAGCUAGAAAAGGGGGGUUCCAAGGCUUGUGGUUUGACCUGGUCGACGUUGGCUUGCAAAUGCCAGUUGUACCCUAA